UACAAGAUACAUAGAUCGACGUAACGAUUUAGAUUAAAUUUGUCUCUAAAAAUUACAAAUUGAAAUACAGCCGAGUGUUAAGUUAAAUACUAUAAGUUUCAUUUUAUAUGUUACGUUAGAAAAAUGUGUGAAGCCAAGGAUAUGGCCGCAGAAGAAACGGUUAAGAGAAGUGUAGAUUUGGACUAUGUGUUGGUGAAUGAGUUGGGCCAGUUUGGACGAUUUCAGAUUAAAUACAUAUGUCUCAUUGCACUUCCAAUGAUGAGUUCGGGGUUCUUUGGCGAUUAUGUGUUUACGGCCACCGCGCUUCCACAUAGAUGUCGUAUUCCCGAGUGCGGUGAGAGUAGUAAGAGUGAUGUCUUCGAUCCAGACUGGAUCACCAAUGCAAUACCACGAACAGAUGCAAGAGCAAGCUGUGAAAGAUAUGCGCCCGCGCAUACUGGCUAUAACGGAUCCUUGCUUCACUGCCCCAUAGAUCUCUUUGAUCACUUAAUCACACAAAAAUGCGAUGAAUUUGUCUACGAUGGCGUUUCUUCUGUUGUAUACGAUUUUGACCUGGGAUGUAAAGAAUGGCUUAGAACCCUGGCUGGGACGCUGAGUAGUCUAGGCACGUUAUUGGUCCUACCACUUGUCGGCUACAUCUCUGACCACUUUGGGCGACGCAUGGCAUUACUCUUCAGUGUCUUCAACACGGCCCUAAUUGGGGUUUUCAAGGCUUUUUCAGUAAACUACACCAUGUUUCUUGCUCUACAACUACUGCAAACUACUUUAGGAGCAGGAUUAGCAAGUUCUGCUUACAUUUUUUCCACCGAGUUAGUAGGCCCUAGGUAUCGAGUUCUUACGUCCGCUACAUCUUCGGCAACGUUUGCCUGCGGGGAGGUAGUUCUAGGUGUAGUAGCCUGGCUUGUGCGCCCGUGGCGAUUUCUACUCCUAACCCUGUAUAUCCCGGUCUUUCUUCUUUUAUCGUACUAUUGGAUAUUGUCUGAAAGCGUCCGGUGGCUGUUAGCAAAGAAGAAAUACGCUGAAGCUAGACAAGUACUAGAAAACGUCGCUAAAACAAAUAAAACAAACAUAAGUGCGAAAUCUAUGGAUGCUUUAUUGAAUCCUCCCACAAGAAACUUAAAAAAUUUGCAGACUGAUCGACGGAAUCUAAUACAAUCAAUCUUUAAAUCGAAAAUUCUUUUGAGACGCGUGUGUACUACACCGAUCUGGUGGAUAAGCACAACAUUCGUCUACUACGGCCUGUCUAUUAAUUCCACGAAUCUAUCAAAGACAAUACACCUCAACUACAUCCUGACAGUUGCAAUAGAAAUACCAGGCUUCUACACGGCCGUGCUCACAUUGGAUCGAUUCGGGAGAAAGACGACGCUUUGUACCGGUUUCUUCUUCAGCGCAGCCUGUAACUUAGCAUUCGUUUUUAUACCAGCAGAUCUCACAGUACUCCGGCUGGUAGUGUACCUGGCUGGUAAAUUCGGUAUCUCACUGGUGUUCACAUCUCUGUACCUCUAUACGUCAGAGCUCUACCCCACCGAGUUUAGACACUGUCUCUUGGGCUUCUCAUCAAUGGUCGGUCGGAUUGGUUCUAUAUGCGCACCUCUUACACCACUUCUUACAAAUUAUUGGCUUGGUUUGCCAAACACAGUGUUCGCUAUAUUGGGCUUAAUGUCAGGCCUCUCGGUCCUCACGCAGCCUGAAACUUUUGGAAAGAAAUUGCCGGAUACCUUGGAGGAGGCCGAAAUUAUUGGAAAAUAAGGUCCCGAGGACAAUUACAAGUGUAUGACAUGAAACGUAGAAGUUGCAUUAAGGCAGAAAGGAUUUCUUUUUCUAUAAAACUUUAUAGCAUUUAAUAUUAAUAAUAAUAAUGAUAAUUAUUAGCAUAUUCUGCCACACGGUGCGGCGUACAAAUUUGUCUUAAAAGAUAGAAUAUAUAUUUCAAGCAAGUAAUCAUUAAUUGGAUAAUAUUUUGAAUAAAACUGUAGUAUUAAGACCUUUGCGUGUUUUGGUAAGCCCUGUAAUGUGGCAAUAAUCUUGAUUGCCACACAAAAGGCGUUUUUCUUUUACAAUUCCGGAAAUGAUUUUGGCCAAUUGUUACCCAUGACGGAGAGUGCUCCAUUCCCGUUACUCUGUUAUUAUUAUACUAGUCUGGCCAUAACUACUGUUACAUAAAACUUUCAUUUUUUUACUUUACAAAUAUUUUGAAUUUGGAAUUUGGGAUUAUGCGCCAUUUCACAUUUUUUCGUGUUCAUUAUCAAAUUAGAAUAUGAAAUGGAGUGUUAAAGAAAAUAGGAUUGCAUUGACCUUUUUGGCAUUGCCUUGCACAAAGUGGGUGUAGCUGUCGGUCAUUGGCUAGACACUUCUAAAGAUCAGCCGUAUAUUCGUAUAUCGUACUCUCGACAAAUACAACAACCGGUCGCCGUCAGGUGCUGUUAGAACUACAAAGGCUGUUAAUGCAGUAAAAGUCAGAAUUCGUCAAAAUCUCAUUAAGAAAUAAAAAAUCCUCCUAAAUCAUCUGUCGCAUAUUUAAAACAAGACCUGAAGUUCGGUGCUAUUACAAUUAUUAUAUUACAAUUAAAGAGAGUGAAAAGCACAGAAAUCACAUCUUUACCAAUGAAAAAAUGUUCACCGUCGAAGAACACUACAAUUAGCAAAAUUAUAAAAUGGACGCUCACACUUCUAAAGAUGCCGCUCAAGUGAUCGCAAAGGUAAAACGUGGUCAUCAUCCUGCGUCAAUGAUGGUUUGGUGGGACAUAAGUCCCCUUGAUAAUAAGGAGUCACAUAACUAAAUUUUUGUGAAAAGGAGUGAAAACAUCAUCGAAAGUGUAUCAAGAUACAGUCUUGGAUCAUGUGAAUCUCUAUAUUUGCAUAUAAUAUCUAUAACUACACUGUUUACAUACUGUAUAAU